UAUGAUCUUGGGUACUCUUCUGAUUAGGAAGACAUCAUAAUGAGUUUGCUGAGUAGAGUGGAAAUGCUGUGUGAUGAGGCUGACAGAGAAUCAGAAUCAAUCGCUGACGGUGGCAAGGACUCAAGAAAUCAGAUAUCAAUAGAGAAACCAGUUCCCCAGCUUAACCUUGGAGCACAGAGAAAACAAUACAACAUUUCAUUUCCUCGAAGAGUGUUCAUUCCUUGGCUAGAGGGUACAUACAUUUGUGACUACAUAAAGCCCUCCGAGACAGUUGAGGUUGUGAAAGAUAAUUGUGUUGACCUGAUGUCCAUGGAAGCACCAACAGAUGCUUCAGAAAUUUUGGAGCCAGAAUAUGAAGCCCCCCCUUUGAUAACUUCGACCACCAAAUCCUUUUGGGACAUUGCAGCUCAUGACUCUUCAGCAGCUAAAUCAGAUAAUUCAGUCUCAAAGAGAAAUGAAGGGAGUACACACAGAAAAUCUGCUAAAUCAUCUGAUUUAAACCCAAUGGUAGCUGUUUUGGUUGUGGUUCUCUCUAUCAUAGUGGGGUUAGUGUUCUUUCUUAUUAGGGCAGCAUAAUAGAAACUGUCAUAUUCCUGAGCGGUUACAGGGGUUUCAGAUUAUGGGUGGAUAAAAUUACUCAGAACCCGUGGAACUACCAAACUGACCGGUCUGGUUCAGUUUUACGUAAAAGUAAAUUAUUUUUGGUUUCUUAAUAAUUGAACUAAAUCAGUCUAGUUCUCCGUUCUUA